UGCUACAAGUGCAACAAGGUCAUCAGGGGACGCUAUCUGGUGGCACUGGGACAUUAUUACCACCCCGAGGAGUUCACCUGCUGCCAGUGCAGGAAGGUGCUGGAUGAGGGUGGCUUCUUUGAGGAGAAAGGCUCCAUCUUCUGCCCCAAAUGCUAUGACACGCGCUAUGCGCCCAGCUGCGCCAAGUGCAAGAAGAAGAUCACCGGGGAGGUCAUGCACGCGCUGAAGAUGACUUGGCAUGUGCAGUGCUUCACCUGUGCUGCCUGCAAAACUCCCAUCCGCAACCGUGCCUUCUACAUGGAGGAGGGACAGCCCUACUGUGAGAGAGACUAUGAGAAGAUGUUUGGCACCAAGUGCCGCGGCUGCGACUUCAAGAUUGAUGCUGGGGACCGGUUCCUGGAGGCGCUGGGGUUCAGCUGGCACGACACUUGCUUCGUCUGUGCGAUCUGCCAGACCAACCUGGAAGGGAAGACAUUCUACUCCAAGAAGGACAAGCCGCUCUGCAAGAGCCAUGCUUUCUCCCACGUGUGAGGGGAGGGAG